GCUGAGUGAUGUCUCUCAGGGUCAUGACUGAGAUGCGGGGAACUCCAGGGAACUGCAGGGACCUGGCUGCAUGCAACGGGCAGGAGAGGAGUUGUGGGAUGUUGGAAUGGGGGUCCAGGCAAGAGGAAGCAGACAUCAGCCAAGGAAAGGUCCCUUGGAUCCCAUGGCGGGAAAAUUACCUAGAGUCUUUCCUUAGUCACCUCCGGGUGACUGGUCACAGGGGUGAAAGCCCCUGGCAAGGAGCUUUGGCCAACCUGGCACUAACAUUGAGUUUCUCAUUUCUAGGACUCCGAAGGAGAGGUUCCGGCUCAACGGGGGGAGAAGUGGAGGCCUCUGAGUUAACAAGGCUGAACAUAAAGAAGGACGAUGAGUUUUUCCAUUUCGUCCUCCUCUGCUUUGCCAUUGGAGCCUUGCUGGUGUGCUAUCACUACUACGCAGACUGGUUCAUGUCCCUGGGGGUCGGCCUGCUCACCUUCGCCUCCCUGGAGACCAUCGGCAUCUACUUCGGGCUGGUGUACCGGAUCCACAGCGUACUUCAGGGCUUCAUUCCCCUCCUGCAGAAGUUCAGGCUGCCAGGGUUCAGGAGAACUGAUUGAGAACUCUGUCUGAUGGCGUCUGAGCCAGGCCCCAAUGUGACCACUGUAACCACUGCCAUACCUGAGCCCAGAAGACAGAAUGCCAUGCUGGAAGGCACCAGGAGGCCACGCCUGCAAUAAAGAGCUCUUUCCUUCCCUGUGGUCUCAGUGUUAGCACCAGUGGGCAUGUUCUCGGUCUGCAGAUUAACACACAGUCUCCAGGGGGGCAAGAGAAGGGGUGGCAUCUAAAUGAGCAAGAAAGACUGGGGACACCACUGAUCUUAGGGCCCCACAGGCUGGCAUCUGUGGGUUUGGGUCUUUCUCAGAUCCGCAGGCCAUACUCACAGUUCCUUCAGAGUCUUCCUGGGAUAGUCUACUGCCAGAGGUAGGGAGCUAUCAGACUGUGUCCUCAGGAGAACCUGUCAGGUAAGAUGUCUGGGACUAAAGCUGUGACUCCAUCACCCAGUGACUAGC